GUGAGCGGCCGAGAGAGGAUCCCCGAACGAGGGGUGGCGCUGGCUGCGUGCGGAGCCCGCGAGUCGCUUGCAGCCUGCCGCGCACCGAGCCUCCUGGGUCUCUCCAGCCGGGGAGGAGGACCCUCUGCGGACCCCCGACGCCGGGGAAUCCCCAGCCCAGCGCGACCACCCCGGACGCAAGAGGAUACCAAGUGGGGCGGGAGAAAUCCUCGCACUCCAGCUCUGCCGCGCUUUAGCAUCGGACCGUCCACUAGGGCCUGGACGAGCCCACUUCAGUUCCGACCCAGCAGCAGCACAAGAGAAAGCGGAGCUUAGCAAGCCGAGCGGGGAUCCGCUGUCCGCAUCGCGGACCGGACCGGUCGUCUGGAGAAGCUCCGGCCGGUUCUGACCCGCUCCAAGUCCCCUGAACCCGAGCAAGGGAGACCCCGGGACCUGCUGGGGAGAGCGGCGUCCUUGGAGAGGCGCGCGGAAUUCCGGGGAGCUGUUGGUGCCGUCGGAAGACCCGCUCCGGCGAGAGGUUCCGCCCGUCCAAAGCCGUCUCCGUCCGGGCUGCGGGGUCGGGCGAGGAAGGCAGGGCAGGACUGUUGUCUCUCUUUGCCGGAGUACGAGGUGCCUUGGGCGGACAGUGCCUUUCGGGACCGCCCGGGACUAUCGGAUCGACCCGCUGGAGCCUGGAGGAGUUUAAUUUCGGGAGGUUUUUUGGGUGCAAAUAUCAGCCCGCCGGACGCCGAACCGACGCCGGGGACGGAGCGUCCGCUCCCCGCCGAGGACCGCGAGCAGCGACGCGCCUGAAGUCCGCGCCCGCCCCGGGGGGCUCGGGAUUGUGUAGCCGCCCCGCCGGGCUCCGGCCCCGCGAUGGCCGCGGCCCGCCCGGGGGCGCCCCAGCCGCUGCUCCCGGUGGUGCUGCUGCUUCUGCUACCGGGCGGUUUUCGCGCAUUGGAAGAAACUCUGAUGGAUACGAAGUGGGUGACGUCUGAGUUGGCGUGGACGGCACAUCCGGAGACUGGGUGGGAAGAAGUCAGUGGCUACGACGAGGCCAUGAACCCCAUCCGGACGUAUCAGGUGUGCAACGUGCAAGAAAUGAACCAGAACAACUGGCUGCGCACCCAGUUCAUCGAGCGCCACGAGGUCCAGCGCGUCUACGUGGAGCUGAAAUUUACGGUGCGCGACUGCAACAGCAUCCCCAACAUCCCCGGCUCUUGCAAAGAGACCUUCAACCUUUUCUACUACGAGUCGGACACGGACUCUGCCUCUGCCUCCAGCCCCUUCUGGAUGGAAAACCCUUACGUCAAAGUGGAUACAAUUGCCCCCGACGAGAGUUUCUCGAAGCUGGAAUCCGGCCGGAUGAACACCAAGGUGCGCAGCUUCGGGCCCCUUUCCAAGAAUGGCUUCUACUUGGCUUUCCAGGACCUGGGAGCUUGCAUGUCGCUCAUCUCCGUCCGUGCCUUCUACAAAAAGUGCUCCAGCACCAUUGCUGGCUUUGCCGUUUUCCCCGAGACCUUGACUGGAGCGGAGCCGACCUCCUUGGUCAUUGCUCCGGGCACCUGCAUCCCCAAUGCGGUGGAAGUGUCUGUGCCCUUGAAACUCUACUGCAAUGGCGAUGGGGAGUGGAUGGUACCCGUGGGAGCUUGCACCUGUGCUGCUGGGUAUGAACCGGCUAUGAAGGAGACUCAGUGCCUAGCCUGUGGACCGGGCACCUUCAAGUCAAAGCAGGGGGAAGGUCGGUGCACCCCUUGCCCUCCCAACAGUCGGACAAGCUCCGGGGCAGCUACUCUCUGCAUGUGCCAGAACAACUAUUUCCGGUCAGACACCGAUCUCCCCGACAGUGCCUGCACCAGUGUCCCGUCGGCCCCGCGCAGCGUCAUAUCCAACGUGAACGAGACGUCCCUGGUGCUGGAAUGGAGCGAGCCCCGCGACUCCGGGGGCCGGGAGGACCUGCUCUACAACGUCAUCUGCAAGAAGUGCAGCGUGGAGCGCCGGCUGUGCAUGCGCUGCGACGACAACGUGGAGUUUGUCCCCCGCCAACUCGGCCUGACCGAGAGGCACAUUUACAUCAGCAACCUCAUGGCUCACACCCAGUACACCUUCGAGAUCCAGGCCGUCAACGGGGUCUCGAGCAAGAGCCUCCAGAACCCCCAGUUUGCCUCUGUCAACAUCACCACCAACCAGGCAGCUCCUUCAGCAGUUCCCACAAUGCAUCUGCACGGCAGUACGGGAAGCAGCAUGACUCUUUCCUGGGAACCUCCCAAACAGCCCAACGGGAUCAUCCUGGACUACGAGAUAAAGUACUUUGAGAAGCAGGAGCAGAGCGACGGCAUCGCCAACACCGUCACCAGCCAGAAGAACAACGUGCGCUUGGAAGGGCUGAAGCCCAACUCUGCCUACAUGGUGCAGGUCCGGGCGCGCACGGUGGCUGGCUAUGGGAUGUACAGCCUCCCCAUGGAGUUUCGGACACCAGUGGAGGAUGGCUCCAGUAGCAAGAGCUUCCAGGAACUGCCUCUUAUUGUGGGGUCGGCUACCGCGGGCCUCGUCUUCGUGAUUGCGGUCGUGGUGAUAGCCAUUGUCUGCUUCAGGAAGCAACAAAACAACACAGACUCAGAAUAUACGGAGAAGCUGCAGCAAUACAUCACUCCAGGGAUGAAGGUUUAUAUCGACCCUUUCACUUACGAGGACCCCAACGAAGCCGUCCGGGAGUUUGCCAAGGAAAUCGACAUUUCGUGCGUGAAAAUCGAGGAGGUGAUUGGAGCAGGUGAAUUCGGAGAAGUCUGCCGGGGUCGCCUCAAGCUUCCAGGAAGGAGGGAGAUCUUUGUGGCCAUCAAAACACUGAAAGUGGGCUACACGGACCGGCAGAGGCGAGACUUCCUGAGCGAGGCCAGCAUCAUGGGGCAGUUUGACCACCCCAACAUCAUCCACCUGGAAGGGGUGGUCACCAAGAGCCGACCCGUCAUGAUCGUCACAGAGUUCAUGGAGAACUGCGCCCUCGACUCCUUCCUGCGGCUGAAUGACGGGCAGUUCACGGUGAUCCAGUUGGUUGGCAUGCUUCGCGGCAUCGCCGCUGGCAUGAAGUACCUGUCCGAGAUGAACUACGUGCACCGGGACCUAGCAGCCCGCAACAUCUUGGUCAACAGCAACCUGGUGUGCAAAGUGUCCGAUUUUGGGCUCUCGCGCUUCUUGGAGGACGACCCCGCGGACCCCACCUACACCAGCUCACUGUGUCUCUUCCCGCAGGGCGGCAAGAUCCCGAUCCGGUGGACGGCCCCGGAAGCCAUCGCCUACCGCAAGUUCACGUCUGCCAGCGACGUGUGGAGCUACGGGAUCGUCAUGUGGGAGGUGAUGUCCUACGGCGAAAGACCUUACUGGGAUAUGUCCAACCAGGACGUGAUCAAUGCUGUGGAGCAAGACUACCGCCUUCCACCGCCCAUGGACUGCCCCACGGCGCUGCACCAGCUCAUGCUGGACUGCUGGGUGCGCGACCGCAACCUCCGGCCCAAGUUCUCGCAGAUUGUGAACACGCUCGACAAGCUCAUCCGCAACGCGGCCAGCCUGAAGGUCAUCGCCAGCGUGCAGUCUGGCGUUUCCCAGCCUCUCCUGGACCGCACCGUACCUGAUUACACCACCUUCACGACUGUGGGCGACUGGCUCGACGCCAUCAAAAUGGGGCGGUACAAGGAGAACUUUGUCAACGCCGGAUUCGCCUCCUUCGACCUGGUCGCCCAAAUGACAGCCGAGGACUUGCUCAGGAUAGGAGUGACACUAGCAGGACACCAGAAGAAGAUUCUGAGCAGCAUACAGGACAUGAGGUUACAAAUGAACCAGACGUUGCCAGUUCAGGUUUGACCGCUGAGGACUCUGGCUUGGAAUGGACCCGACGGGGGAACCUUCCUGGGAUUCUAGUUUGUGGUGCUGCCCGGCUUCCUGAGUGUGGGGCGGGGAGAGGUGCCGUUCUCUCUCCACCCCACACCCUCCACCCCCAUAUUUUUGUGUGGAGCCUAUUGGCUUGUCAACAGACCUCUGGCAGGACGGACAUGGGUGGUCCUAGCUAGAUUAACGGCACGCGGGGGGAGAGGCCCGAAGGAAACCCUGCCUUUUUCUUCUUUCCCCCCUUUCCCCCUUUUUGUUAUUUCGCUGUUGCGUGCUUGCAAUGGCGUGCCAGCAACGCGGAGUCUUCAUAUUGAAGGCGCAUUAUGGAGGGGGGGUGGAGGCAGAAGCUCUCUCCUCCCACUGAGGGGCUCCCCCACUGCCCUCCAAUGGUGCCAUUGUUGCCCUUUGGGCAUCUCAGCCCUCGCUGCGGCAGAUUCCUCCAACUCCACGCUGCCCAAGAGGAAAAGGAAUCCCCAGCCAACAAACAAAUGGAAAAAAGCACCUGCCAGAGCCACUCUCCUCCCCAGGAAAGGGGCGUCCAGCCGGGCGUUUUCCCCGCAUGCCCAGAGACGAUUGCGCCAGGGCCAGCUCCGCUCCCCGGGGCCGGCGGGGGAGCCACACAGGGGGCGUCUGCAGGGAGAGAUGGCGGCCGGUCCAUUUGGGACCCUGAACGCUGGAACUACAAAGCCGGUGGCGGCGCCGGCAAGUUUUCUACGCAAAGGAGUUGGGCGACGCGGCUCUGCGUCUUGCAAUCGCAGCCUUGGGUGUUUCAAGAGACCCGUCAGCGCGAGUUUGCACAGAGAUCACACGGACAGGCGGACAUUGAAAGGCAGCAGGAUUCGAGAGAAAGGGGAGGCGGAGCGGAGGAGCCUUGCAAUCUCAUUCCCCCCCCCCCCCGCCACGACUUCCUCCCCACCUCAUGUUUUAUGCAGGAAGCCGCAUGCCCCUCUCUGCGGAUCCUUUUCUUGACACACGCUAUGAUCGCUGCCAAAAAGACUGGAACACUUCCCUCUAUUUCCCACCCACCCACCACCCCCUGUUUUGUUUUGCUUUCUUCCGAAAGCCUCUGCAGUCCUGAGCCGAGGGGGCAGGAGGCUCCCUCGCGGAGAUGGCGAGCUUGCAUGUGUACGAGUGCGUGUACUGGCCGUCUGGACCGUGCAAGAAGGCAUGGGCCGAAUAAAGGCAAUAACAAUUUUACUUGAGUUUCCUUCGAUCGAUCCCUCCCUCUCUCCCCUCUCUUUCUCUCUCCUCUGCUGUACAGUACCCGCAACACGCACAAAAUGUCAGGUGCCUGCCCUUCCUUCCUUCCUCUAUUAUAGAGUUUUUCUUUUUCCCUUUGCCUCCAGAAGGAAGUGGGCAACCUUUCCCUUCCAGCCGCAGGCUACAAGCAAUGAGACGUUGGGAGGACUUUGCGAGUGGGGUGGCAGAGGCAACUGCAGCGUGCGGCCCCACCUUCUCCUGCCCUCCUGGUAUCACAGAGUUGCUUUGUGCGUGUCUGUCCAGCUAACCACUGUCUCCCUUACCCACAAUGCCUCUCUUCUUCCUGCGCAGCUUUGCCCAGCCACAGUGGUCCCUGGUUUUGGACCUGGAGGUAGUGAGGGCAGAGGGCAGGCAGGGGAACGGGGCAGCCCUCAUCUGCUCAGGACUACAAGGAGCAAACGCAGAGGAGGGCACUCUGGGUAGGAAUGGGAAUAGUCGUGGCCGCAAGGCGAGGCCCAAAUCUCUCUUGUCACUGCUCCGUCCUCCUUUUUUCAGCCCUGGUACAAGGACAACCUUGGGUAGAAAAUGUGAAAGCUAAAAACAGACCUCUCCUCCAGAAGUCAGAACUGCGCUGGGCUUCUCUGAUCCUUCGAGAGAAAAGCUGGGGGGAGAGAGAGACCUGUGGCCCUCCACGUGUUUUAGGAAUCCCACAAUUGGCCCCACCAGUGGCCGGGGAUGAUGGGAGUCGUAGCUCAGCAUCCUCAUGAGCGCUCAUAGGGUGUCUCCCCCCUCCCCAAUCCCUGCCCAAAAUGCUUCUUUGCUGCUUCAUUUCCUGGCUGUUUGCUGCAAAACCUUAAGAUACAAAAAGGACCUUGAGCCCGAUGGUUGACAGCACAGCUUAGCAGAAUCUAAUAUCCCAACUCCACCAGAGGCCUCCUUUGCAGCAGCAGUCCUCUUGGCUUGCGGGGGGGGGGGGGGAGACUGAUGGGAGGGUCCCUUUGCAGUUUCCCCCAAUGGCUUCCUGCGGAGAAGCAGGCCCUACAGUUGAGGAGCGAGGGAGGUUGCCCUUGGAAGCCUUCAGGUACAAACCCAUGCUCCCGGUUCCCAUACCCCUAUGAGUUGGAGGAGGCCAUCCCAUAGAUGCAUUGUCAGGUAAAAGAGCACGCACACCCAUACGCAGAGGCACACACUUCACUCUUGCAGUUUCUGAACAUUCUCCCACCAAAAUGUAGCCUUGAGGAGACCAGUGGCAGGUGGCUUGCCAAUGGCUUUUCCUUCUUGUCCCGUUCCGGCAUUGCAGGGCAUUGGACCAGCUGUCCCCUGGAAUCCCUUCCAACUACAUGAUUCUAUGAUGAGAGCGACUCCUUUCGGUUUGCUCACCUAAUCCUGUAGGAAGCAGAGAUUCACCAGAGCUCACCCAAAGUGUGCUUCCAGAGCUUGCUUGUUUUGCAAAGGUGAUGAGUCCGAUUCCUCCCCCUCCCCCACUCCACUCCACUCUCUCUUUUCGGGGUGCUUCUCCAAAGCUGUAACCCAGUGAUGGCCAAACUCGGCCCUCCAGCUGUUUUGGGACUGCAACUCCCAUCAUCCCUAGCUAACAGGACCAGUGACCAAAGAUGAUGGGAAUUGUAGUCCCAAAACAGCUAGAGGGCCAAGUUUGGCGAUCACUGCACCAUUUUGCAGCUUAAUUUCCACUCUCUUUUCCUUGGGAAACAGGCACGAUUGCAAAUUUAUAGCAGGGGAAUUUGCUUUGCCUCCCCAUUCUCCCCCCUCCAUCCCCACCCACCCACCAAGUAAUCGGAACGAGAAUGGAAGUAACUCAGAACAGGUGAUAUAACCUUUUUGUCAGGCCUGCUGGAAAGAGAGCAGGCUCAUCAGUUGCACAGAGCUGUUCUCGGAGUGACUGUUCUCUUCCCUGGAAAAGGCAGCCAGUGUGACUAGGAAGCUCACUACUUGAGCGUGUCAAUGAGAAAGGGCUGAAGUUUACAACUAGAGCACAUCCAGAACAAUCCAGAACAGGCACAUUUUUGCCAACCAGCUUUCCCUAAUAUGUAUUUUUGUCUGCUAUAUCCACCAAUAGAUGCAUUUUUACCACACACAUUACCUAGGGCUGACCAAAAAAAAAAACACCCAGAAGUUAUCGAGCUAUUUUUAAGGGAAAUCACCCAAAACAGCACUGCCAACAUGACUUGCCAUACAUCCAGAUUUUCCUGGGCAUUUUAGCGAUUUUUGCCCAGACACUGCUUCCGACUGCAGUUUUCAGGCUGUGUCCGGGAAAUUCCGGACGUAUGGCAACCCUAACAUUACCCUAAUAAUCUUCAUUUAGUUCACAUUACUUGGCAGUGUGUUUUCGUUCAUUCUGAUCCACCUGCCUGAGGCUACCCAUCAGGCAGAAAGAGAUGAUCCCGUAGGAGGUGCUGGGCUUUCCAUUCAACUCCUCCCCACCCAUUUCCCCCCCCCCUGUGGGGAAGGAAGGCAACCUCCACUUUAAAGAUGGCCCCGACCCCACCAAAAUCAGAAGGCAGAAGUUUCAGGUUUGCAUCUUCCCCGCCCUGCGUAUGCAAAUGCCCUUUGCUGUGCUCUGAUAUAAUGAUGCUGAAUCCAGCAGGGCACCACAUAGCAGAGGCACUUAGGUGAUUAGGAGGAAGAUUCAUGCGGUCCAGCUACAGAUCAUCAAAGUGCCACCUCCUGGUCUCAGAAAGGCUUCCUGCUGGCUUCUGAGCCUUCGUCAGCAGACGAUGCCCAUUUGCAAACACUUUUCUGCAGCCACGAGGACUAGUGGCCCUUUUGAAAAAUGAAAGCUGGGGUGCCUCUGGCACCAUGAGUGCACAUCCUUGCCGACCUAAACAUGCUUCAGUGGAGCUUGAGUAUGCUUUGUGUGGUUUCCAGAUGCAGCCCUGUUUUUAAUUUUCCACUAAUUAGCCAAUUAAGCCUGCUCAUAAUCUUGUCUCCUCGCUGGAGUCUCUAGGAUUCCUUCCAUCACCACACAGUUUUCCGGGACCCAGCCCAGCUUUGAAACAAUAUCUCCCCCCCCCCACACACACACACACCCUGGGUUUUUUACAACCUCCUUUCUGGGUACGGCCUCCCUGAAGGACAGGCUUUCCCAAACAGAUCUCCAGCUGUUUUUGGACCAUCACCCCCUGACCACUGGUCCUGCUAGCUAGGGAUGAUGGGAGAUGUAGUCCAAAAACAGCUGGAGACUUAAGUUUGGGAAACCCGCCUGAAGAAGGAUGGUUAAGUGGCUUGAAGAUAGCUUUGAGGAACAUCAUGGCCCAUCCUAGGGGAGCUCAGGGCUACUAGCAACAGGUCUUCCUUGCCCAUAAUUUCUUCCACUUUGAGCCUGGUUCCUCAUUUCCUUAAAUCCAACAUGGAGGCAAAACUUCCCUGAGGUUUGGUUUGGAAAAGCUUGUCUUGGUUUUCUCCUCCAAUAUGUUUGCCACCUUGCCAAUGUGGACUCCUUUGUCGCCACCUCAGGUCCAGCCUCUUACUUUGCUAGGUACAGAAGGAAGCGGGCCCCUAUUAGUUUGAGACACACACCCCAACCAAAUGCUGAGCAGCCAUAUAUUGCAACCAACUUACUAGACCCCCCAAUAAGGCAAAAAAGAUGGAAGGCAAGAAUUAUCAAAUUCCUGGCAACUAUAUAUAGUAGGUAGGCCCUGUUCAGCUUGGCGAGUCAUAAGGCCUAGAAGGAAGUACUUUGCUGUUGCUAGGCAACCGCAAGACAUCUGCUUCUGCCUCCAAGGGUCAGUCAGCGUAGACAAUACUGAUAUCUGGUCCAUCAUGCUUCUUCAUGCCUCUGUGUGGGAACAGCCUGUCCAAAUUACUGUACAUUACGUCUUACGUGCAGGAAGUUAGUCCUAUGUACAUCGUUCAGAAAUGUGGGGUCGGUUCUCUGAGCUUAUCUGAGAAGCGGUUGCUCCCUUUUGGCGCACGCGCAUAGGACUUUUCGUGUGUGAAUGCAGCCAUAUUCAGAAGGGUCGCGGGUGGCAAGCAUGACAAGGAGACGUGUGGACAAGCCAGUGGGAACUGCUAGGCAAGUCCUGCCAUUGCCUAGGUCUGUGACAUGGUUUCCCCAUCAAUCCCUCCAUCUUGCAAAAUGACCCCACUGGACAAAGACCUGCAGCCACGACGAGUCCCCCUUCAAGGAAAGGUUCAAGAAUCUCAAUGAUGUUCUCUACCUUAACAGUAUGGUUUGCUAUAUAGGACAGGGGCCUUAACAUGUAACUGAGACCUCCGCAUACAGCCGGGAUGGAGAAGCCCGUGGUCCUCCAAUUGGUGUUGGACUACAACUCCCAUCAUCCCUGACUAUGUGCUGUGCAGCAUGGGCUGGUGGGAGUUGGAGUCCAGCAACAUCUGGAGGUCUACACUCUUGGCGUGCAGGCAAGAAGAGUGAAACUCACAACGUGCGUACCUGUUUUUCAUUGUAUGGUUUAGUGAACAUGUUUUCUUUAUUAAACAUACCUUCUUUCUCUCGCUCUCGGAGAGAGAGGGAGCUAUAGAUCAGACUCUUAUUUUCUCCUUUUGCACAAACAUUGUAAUUUGGAAUCGUGUUGAAUUCAAUAGCCUGGAUUUCUGUUUGUUUUGUUUUGCAUUUGUUGUUGUUUAGUCUCUAAUCCUCAAGGCUGUGGCAGUGGACUUGCUAGCAGAAGGUUUGUGCCAUGCAAAAACCUCAGAAGUUGGGCAAGAACUUCUACUCGUCAGGUUUUUUUAUUGUAGGUCCUUGUCUACGAAUGAUUAGGAGAAACAUUAUCUUACCCUAGAGAAUAUAAGCAAAUGUGUGCAUAAGCAGAACGGUGCAGGAAUGUGGGUUACCUGGGUGUAGAAUAUGAACUUUUUAAACAACUAAUGAUUUCCUCUGCCCAGAAUAUGGCCCCCUGUCUUUGCUUGUAUGAAAAAGGUGGAGCCCAUUUAACACUGAAGCACAAAGUUCUUGAAAUGGUCUUGUAGCCGUGCCUUCACUCUCUGUUCCAUAAAGUGUGCCGAUUUUAGGUUAUAAUGCUGGUUCCUUGUGUGUUAAGAUGAUGUAUGGGGAACGCAACCUGAACCUUUGGCUUGAACUCUGUCACAACAAACAGAUUCAUGUGCACCAGCAGGGAGGGCCAUUCCACCUCAGGCAUCAACACUUCCUGCGCCCCCGUUUCUGAGGUCAGGAAUUUGGAAAAUGGACUACCUGAAGCAGACAACUUUCAGCUCUACCUGAGAUAGAAGAGGCAGGCGUGUGGUACACAUUUUACCCCUUCCGUUCUCCCUCACGCCUGCCCAUCUUGCAACGACACAUCGACAGCAUCUUUCAUUAAUACAAAAGCUUGCAUGCGUCAUGUUCCUUCGCGUGUCCCUCGAACAAACCACAGCUCAGGAAUAAUAACCCACUAGUCCUUGUGCUUGCAAAGGAAAGUUUGAGAAAGGGCAGAGAAGAAGAGAGUGGGAUGGGGAAACACUGAAGCCCCCUGAGAAUGUGGCUUUGUCUCAACGCAGGAAGGUGAGGGCUUCACUUAAGGCAGUUCUCCAUGGGUAUUCUGGUUGUGUAAACCAAAUAUAACUUGCAGGCCCCAGAGUGGGAGUUCAGCAAGCUCUAGACCGGGGAUGCGGAACUCAUGGUCCUUAAGAUGUUGGACUCCGGUUCCCAUCCAUGCCAGCCAGAAGAGCCAAUGGUCAGGGAUGCUGGGGGUUGUCCUUUGGUAAUGUCUGGAGGGCUACUGGUUCUCCAUCCAUGUGCUAAGCUGAUUUCAAUAAUAGGGCUUUGAAGGUCCUGGCUAAGGCCAGUGGGAGUUUUCCCCAUGGAUAUUAAACACCUGAACCUCUGCAGGUUCUUCUGGGCUUCCUGUCCCCACCUCUUUCCUCCGCAUGGUGCCUUUAAUUUAUUUGGUGCUUUGCCAAGCUGUUGGGCAUCUCAGUUUGUGGUGUGCCUCAGCUCCUGGAUGGUCAGCCCUCAGUCUAAUUUCAUGUGCAAGGAAGGCAGAGAAGCGGGUGGCAGAGAGAGGAAAGCUGGCAGGAAACGAAGGAGCAGGGGGGACAGUUCCUGCCCGUUCUGAUUCUGUGGUAGGUCACCCACCCCC